GGGCGACCUGGGCGGUGUUGGGCCGGCGCGUGACCGUCCGCUGCCAUGGCCGGGUUUGGGGCAGCUUUCCGCCGUUUGGGCGCCUUGUCGGGAGCCGGGGCCUUGGGCUUGGCCUCCUACGGGGCGCACGGCGCCCAGUUUCCGGAUGCCUACGGGAAGGAGCUCUUUGACAAGACCAACAGACACCACUUCUUACACAGCCUGGCCCUGUUAGGGGUGCCUCACUGCAGAAAGCCCCUCUUGGCCGGGUUACUGCUAGCCUCUGGAACCACCUUAUUCUGCACCAGCUUUUACUACCAGGCUCUGAGUGGAGACCCCAGCAUCCAGACUUUGGCCCCUAUAGGAGGGAGCCUGCUCAUCUUAGGUUGGCUGGCCUUGGCUCUUUGAGCUUCCUUGUAUUUGAUUUCUGGGUGCUUCUUUGAGAGUUGGAGCAAGGAGGGGAUUAAAAGAGAAAGGCAAAUAAAGAACUUGAGUCUUUGUUCA